ACACCGAAUCACACACACUGAAUCACACAAUAAUUGUUCAUGUUGAAUGGACUAAGUAAGUCUUUCUGAAUAAGAGUGUCUUUCUAAAUGGCCGACAUCAGGGUUGAACAAUUCAGUGAAUUCACAACGAAAUGUGCAAUAUCAAUAUUACAGGAGAUCUACAGUAUCAAUAUUACAGGAGAUCUACAGUAUCAAUAUUACAGGAGAUCUACAGUAUCAAUAUUACAGGAGAUCUACAGUAUCAAUAUUACAGGAGAUCUACAGUAUCAAUAUUACAGGAGAUCUACAGUAUCAAAAUUACAGGAGAUCUACAGUAUCAAUAUUACAGGAGAUCUACAGUAUCAACAUUACAGGAGAUCUACAGUAUAUCACAGUAUCAAUAUUACAGGAGAUCUACAGUAUCAAUAUUACAGGAGAUCUACAGUAUCAAUAUUACAGGAGAUCUACAGUAUCAAUAUUACAGGAGAUCUACGGUAUCAAUUUUACAGGAGAUCUACAGUAUAUCACAGUAUCAAUAUUACAGGAGAUCUUCAGUAUCUAUAUUACAGGAUCAAUUUUACAGGAGAUCUACAGUAUAUCACAGUAUCAAUAUUACAGGAGAUCUACAGUAUCAAUAUUACAGGAGAUCUACAGUAUCAAUAUUACAGGAGAUCUACAGUAUCAAUAUUACAGGAGAUCUACGGUAUCAAUUUUACAGGAGAUCUACAGUAUAUCACAGUAUCAAUAUUACAGGAGAUCUUCAGUAUCUAUAUUACAGGAUCAAUUUUACAGGAGAUCUACAGUAUAUCACAGUAUCAAUAUUACAGGAGAUCUUCAGUAUCUAUAUUACAGGAUCUACAGUAUCAAUAUUACAGGAGAUCUACAGUAUAUCACAGUGUCAAUAUUACAGGAGAUCUACAGUAUCAAUAUUACAGGAGAUCAACAGUAUCAAUAUUACAGGAGAUCAAAAGUAUCAAUAUUACAGGAGAUCUACAGUAUCAAUAUUACAGGAGAUCUACAAUAUCAAUAUUACAGGAGAUCUACAAUAUCAAUAUGACAGGAGAUCUACGGUAUCAAUUUUACAGGAGAUGUACAGUAUAUCACAGUAUCAAUAUUACAGGAGAUCUUCAGUAUCUAUAUUACAGGAUCAAUUUUACAGGAGAUCUACAGUAUAUCACAGUAUCAAUAUUACAGGAGAUCUUCAGUAUCUAUAUUACAGGAUCUACAGUAUCAAUAUUACAGGAGAUCUACAGUAUAUCACAGUGUCAAUAUUACAGGAGAUCUACAGUAUCAAUAUUACAGGAGAUCAACAGUAUCAAUAUUACAGGAGAUCAAAAGUAUCAAUAUUACAGGAAAUCUACUGUAUCAAUAUUACAGGAGAUCUACAGUAUCAAUAUUACAGGAGAUCUACCGUAUCAGUAUUACAGGAGAUCUACAGUAUCAGUAUUACAGGAGAUCUACAGUAUCAAAAUUACAGGAGAUCUACAGUAUAUCACAGUAUCAAUAUCACAUGAUAUCUACAGUAUCAAUAUUACAGGAGAUCUACAGUAUCAAUAUUACAGGAGAUCUACAGUAUCAAUAAUACAGGAGUAAUGUAAUAUUUUGAAACGCCACUCGGCCUCUUGUUGGUGGUGAUGAAGCUAGUCGUGUUGUGUCUGUCUAGGUGGUGAUGAAGCUAGUUGUUCUGGUGGUGAUGAAGCUGGUCAUGUUGUCUGUCUAGGUGGUGAUGAAGCUGGUCAUGUUGUCUGUCAUGGUGGUGAUGAAGCUGGUCAUGUUGUGUCUGUCUAGGUGGUGAUAAAGCUAGUCAUGUUGUGUGGUGGUGAUGGUGGUGAUGAAUGUGGUGAUGAAGCUAGUUGUUCUGGUGGUGAUGAAGCUGGUCAU